AUUUUCAGAUAUAGGGUUUAACUAUGUGUUAGUUCACAAAGAAGACGACGACGACACAGUCAGACAAAACAAGCUUGAUAAUCAGACUGUGAACCGUUUUCAUUCCAGACCUACCCAAGACCAGCACACUUCCAUGGCCUGUGCAUGACACAGACUCUGUGAAGGACACAGCGUUUGCCAUUUUAACCCAGACCAACACUGCCGGCUUCCUGCUCGGCAACACCCAGGAGUGGAGGUCCACCAGGCAGACUAACACACCAUGGAAAACCAAACCAUAGACUUGGAUGACUGGCCAGUGACGACAGAAUUUGACUAUGGUGAUUCAGCACCAUGCCCAGGCACUGAGGAGAAGAACACUGCAGCAAAACUUUUGCCCCCGCUUUACUCUUUGGUGGUGAUAUUUGGCUUCAUAGGCAACAUGCUCGUUGUCCUUAUCCUGGUAAAAUACAAGAAACUGAAGAGUAUGACUGACAUCUACCUGCUCAAUUUGGCAAUUUCUGAUUUGCUGUUUAUAUUUUCUCUCCCUUUUUGGGCUUAUUAUGCUGUUCAUGACUGGAUUUUUGGGGAGGCACUGUGCAGGAUUCUCUCAGGUGUCUACCUCCUUGGCUUCUACAGUGGCAUCUUCUUCAUAAUCCUGUUGACCCUCGACAGGUACCUGGCCAUAGUGCAUGCGGUGUUUGCUUUAAAAGCUAGGACAGUUACCUAUGGCAUCCUCACCAGCGCUGUCACUUGGGUGGUUGCUAUUUUGGCUUCCGUUCCUGGCAUGGUGUUUCACAAAACUCAAAAGGAAAGUACACGUUGUACUUGCAGUGCUCAUUAUCCAACCGAUGCCACAAUAUUUUGGAAGUACUCCUAUAUUUUAAAGAUGAACAUUCUGGGACUUAUUGUUCCGAUGCUUAUUAUGAUUUUCAGUUACUCACGAAUUCUAAAAACCUUAUUGAGAUGCAAGAAUGAGAAAAAACAGAAAGCAGUCAGACUUAUUUUCGUGAUCAUGAUUUGUUACUUCCUCUUCUGGACACCAUUCCAUAUUUCUUCUUUUUUGCAUACAUUUCAAGGUUUACUUUUCAACUCAAAUUGUGAAAUCAAAAGUCGACUGGAGAAAGCAAUUCAAGUGACAGAAACAGUAUCAAUGAUCCACUGUUGUAUCAAUCCUGUGAUCUAUGCAUUUGUUGGAGAAAAAUUUAGGAAAUAUCUUUAUGCCUUUUUCCGAAAGCAUGUUGCAGCCCACCUCUGCAAAAAAUGUCCAAAUCUUUAUCGUGAAAAAUUAGAAAGAGUUAGUUCCGCAUUCACACCAUCCACUGCAGAGCAUGACAUCUCUACUGGACUGUAAACAUACAUCAAAACAUUAGUAAAUGUUUCAUCACUCGCUUUGCCUUAAGGACUGCCUGACAUUAUUUAAUAUAUCAACCGCUACUGCAAACUGUAUGACCUUCAAUUCUCUUUGUUAACUGUUCCUUGGGGUUAGAGCGUUGUCUGUUCUUAAAUUAAGAGAAUCUGUGAGUUCUCCAGGAAAUGUUAACACCAUAGCUGGAUCACAUCAAGACUUGAAUGGAGCCCAGAAUAGUAUGAUUCUCUUUCUUGACCCAAGUUCUAUCCGAUCAGCAAAUGCUAGUGAGAUUUACCUGGGGGGAAUUCAGUAUUGAAGAGACUAAAAAGUAGUAUGUCAUCUCACAAGAGCCAUUUACUGUUAUAUGAACAUUUUAAGGUAAACACUGGGAGGAAACUUUGAGGACUGAUGCACCUGUUUAGUAUUCAACAUGAAUGAAGCAAUUUGGAAGCAAUUCUUUUUGCAACAUGGUCAGGCAUUUGAUAGGGGGAGGCUUUUAGUUUUCUUCAUUCUCCCCCAUAACCCUUAUUUUCCCUAUACGAAUAAAAGAUGUUUCCAUAAAAAGGAAUUUGAGAGUGAAUAUGAGAUAUAUUGAGAUAAUAUCUCUCCUCUAAUUGUAGAGUUGACUGACUGUUAUCUCACUAGGGCCAUUUAACCCGAGGAUUUAUCUGUUAGCUAAGAGAGUAGUCAUUUUUAAACAUAAUGCUUUUGACUACAGGGUAAGUUAGAGUAUUUUUAUUUUAGUCCUUUAAUUUUAUGCCUGCCAUAUCACUAUUCAGUUGUUAACAUUUUCCAAAGUGGGAUUUUAAUAGGCAACACUGUGAUUUUUGUGGGUGCAAUUUUGCAAGUAACUGUGCAUACCAAGUCUACUGACUGCACAACCAGGCAACGUCGCACUCCCAAAAUACAUGAGCUUGUUUCUGACAAAUCAUAUCCCUCCAAGGAAAACAGCUCUUAACCAAUAAAAGUACAUCAGCAAAGAUCUGCAAGUCACAAGACUUGAGUCCAUUAGUCAGAAGUUUUUCUGGAAAAGAAAGUGAUAUUCUAGGGACAUGCAUGUAAGGCCUUGCUCAUGGAAAGCUGGAAGGUCAGGUUCAACUAGCCUCCAGGCCACAUAAGGACACAAGAGGGGACUGCACACAACUUAACAUGAGGCAUGAGAUUCAGAUGCCUAAAUUAACAGCAAAUCUCUUCAAGGUCCCUCAGUAGUCAGCAGAGAAAAAGAAAUAACCUGAGUCAGAAGCAGACAUAUAAUUUAAAUGGCCUCUGGGGAAGAUCACCUGUCUAACUUUAGAAGGAACCUGGAAAAGCCAAGCUUUUAAAUUAGGUAUCAGAUGCCUUAAUCUAAGUGGUGCAAAUACUCUUCCCCCUCUAGCCUUAUAACAUCGAGGCAUAGCUUCUAUUAGUUGUUAGCUUUUAUCCUAUCAGCUAUUAUAAUCUGUCCACUACCUUUCCAGGUUAAUAGCCACAAAUAGACUAAAGAAGAGACAAAAAAUUAUCCUCACAGCAAACCUUCUUCCUUGGAAAUAGUAUUUUUCCUUUCUUUUGUACUUUUUUACUGCACUAAAGUGGAAGCACCUUUUUAAUAUUAAAGCAUAAAUUAGUUCAGUGUGAUAAAAAUCCUGCUGUAACCAUGGUAUUUCUACUGCUGUGUUUCAAUUCUUGUCUUAUUAUUUUUUUCCUGUUUUCAUGUUAAUGCAGUGAAAUUAAUAAAAUCUGUGUCUGAAAUA